GUCUUUCGAUCACUCCUUUGUCUUGAAGGAAAGGCAUAAAAAUGUAUAGCAAAAGUGAAUAUUGUUGUUGCAAGAUCAACAAGAACCACACAAAAAUCAAUAAUGGCUUCAAAUAUUGCAAAUGCAAUAAUAAUCACUCCUUCAAACCUUCUUCUUCCUCCUCCUCCUCUGGUGCCGGAGUAGCGUUGCGACGGAGACGAUACGCGAGUCAAGAUGACGAAUCGAGACCAGAUCAUCAAACGGUUCUCUGGCCGUCGUCAGUACCGCCUCCGACGAGAACCCUCUCGUCCACCUCCUCGGACGGGCGGCGGACAAUAAAGCGUGCUCUCCUCUGUGGGGUGACUUACAAGAAUUGGAAGCAUAGGCUACAAGGAACUGUGAAUGAUGUUCGAAAUAUGCAAGAUUUGUUGAUCAAUUAUUUUGGAUAUUCCAAACAAAACAUUCGUAUUCUUACAGAGGAUGAAACGAAGCCCGAGCAAAUACCAACAAAGAAGAACAUCCAAAACGGUCUAAAAUGGCUAGUUGAAGGUUGCACUGGCGGCGAAAACCUCGUGUUCUACUUCUCCGGUCAUGGACUACGACAGCCAGAUUUCGACAUGGACGAGCUCGAUGGCUACGAUGAGACCAUAUGUCCAGUUGACUUCAUGGAGGAAGGGAUGAUAACGGACAAUGAGAUCAAUGCGACCAUUGUUUCCCCUCUAAAGAACGGUGUCACUCUCCACGCCAUUGUCGAUGCCUGCCAUAGUGGAACGAUUCUCGAUCUUGCCUAUGUUUACGACCGCAACAGAAGAGAUGAGUGGUUGGAUAAUAGACCGCCAUCGGGGGCGAGGAAGGAGACUAGUGGUGGAUUGGCAAUAUCUAUGAGUGCUUGUGGAGAUGAUCAAUUUGCUGCUGAUACUUCUAUACUAACAGGGAAGACAAUGAAUGGAGCAAUGACAUUUAUUUUGAUUCAUUUGGUAAAGACUUUUGGAAAUUUGACGUACGGACGGCUGCUUGAAUACAUGCAUGAUACUGUUCAAAGGGCUAACAAACAAGGAUGUUUCUCUUGUUCUUUUCUAAGAAAAGUGCUUCGUUACAAACAAAUUCAGGAACCACAACUCUCUUCAUCAGAAGUGUUUGAUGUACACAAGAAAAUAUUUACGUUGUAAUUGCAUUUCUACUAAAUCUAAUUGUACAUUCUAAAACAAUACUUUGAAAUUGUUUGGAGAGAAGUUGAUUCUCUUGAUUAUCAAAAUAUAUACAUUAUGAUUU